UAGAGAUGUUGACCUUCUCCUGGCUUAAUUUAAUUCAGCAUAGAGAAGACCCAUCCUUCCCUAGGAGGUUCUCCUUCUGCUAUCCUGGAACUGACUGACAAAUCAACACACGAGCCAAACAAAGGUGUGAGCAAGUGAAGUGUACUCUCUAUAAACAUGCAAAUCUUCGUCCAAAGGAUACUUGCAUUGUUUCCAAAUGCCAUAGUUCGCAAAUUAUUGCUAAUGCUGAUAUUUACCUUAGUAUUCUGGCUCAUUUUCUUGGCAUCAAAAGACCACACAAAGUUCUUCCUCCACUUGAGAAACCCCAUCACCCUGAAACAGUGGAGCAUUUUCAAAACGUUUUCACAGUCUGAAACAUUUCAGAACCCAACAGUUUCACCAACAGAAAUUGAACUGAAAAUCAGGGAGAUCCUGGAGAAAAUGGACCAGCUGAUCCCACCCAGACCCUUCAUGCAUUUGAAUGCCACCACCAGCGCUGCACACAGCGUGGCCACCAUCCUCAACCCUCGAGACACGUACUGCAGGGGGGACCAGCUGGAUGUCUUGCUGGAGGUGAGAGACCACGUGGGACGCAGGAAGGAAUAUGGCGGGGACUUCCUGAAGGCCAGGAUGUCCUCUAAAGGCCUGAAGGCAGGAGCGUCAGGGAAGGUGACAGACUUCAACAACGGCACCUACCUUCUCAGCUUCACACUGUUCUGGGAGGGCCAGGUCUCCCUGUCCAUUCUGCUCAUGCACCCCAGUGAAGGGGCAUCAGCUCUCUGGAGGGCAAGGAACCAAGGUUACGACAGGGUGAUCUUCACAGGCUGGUUUGUCAAUGGCACCUCCCGAGUCCCCUCUGAAUGUGGCCUGACCCUUAACUCAAGUGCUGAAUUGUGUCAGUACCUGGAUGCUCGAGACCAAGAAGCCUUCUACUGUGUGAGGCCUGCACACAUUCCCUGUGAGGCUCUGACCCAGAUGAGCACCAGGAACAGAGACAUUUCUUAUCUUAGCGAGGAAGAAUGGAGACUUCUCCACAGGUCCAACGUAGGGAUUGAAAUGAUGAAGAACUUUACCUCCAUCAAAGUUUUACCAUGUAACAAGAGUGUGAACAUAGAAAAGAAAUGCCAGGUGGGAAUGAAGACCCCUUUCCCCAGUGGUUAUACUUGGAAAGGAAGUUGGAUAACAACAUUUUGCAAACAAACCAGGUUCAAUACAGCAAAAAGUAUAAAUGACUGUUUGCAAAGAAAACUUAUUUACCUCCUGGGAGAUUCAAUACUGCGACAGUGGAUUUACUACUUUAAAAAAUUUAUGAGAACCUUACAAUUUUUUGAUCAUCAUGGAACCGGAGUCUUUAAAACACAUGUUCUCCUAGAUGUCAACAGACACAUUUUGAUUCAGUGGAGAAAGCAUAGUCAUCCAUUUGUUACUCAACAGAUAUUCUCAUUGAAAGAUGAAAACUAUAUCCCACGGGAAAUUGACCAGGUGGCAGGAGACAAAGACACAGCAGUUGUAAUCACCAUUGGCCAGCACUUCAGACCUUUCCCCAUCAGCGUUUUCAUCCGCAGGGCUAUCAACAUCAAAAAGGCCAUUGAACGUCUUCUCUUACGAAGCCCUGAGACCAAGGUGAUACUUAAAACUGAGAACACCAGAGAGGUACAUCAAAAUGCAGAGAUGUUUAGUGACUUUCACGGCUAUGUUCAGAAUCUUAUCCUGAGGGAUAUUUUUGUGGAUCUUAAUGUGGGUAUUAUUGAUGCCUGGGAUAUGACAAUUGCAUAUUUCACUAAUGAUGUUCACCCACCGGAUUAUGUUAUUGCAGAUCAGAUUGGCAUAUUCUUAAACUACAUUUGCUAGAGAAAAACCACAGAAAAAUUGUACUACCCAUUCUCUUUUUUUUUUUUGGCAUCGGGAUUCAAACUCACAACCUCAGGCUUGCCAGGCAGGCACUGUGCAACUGAGCUUUAUCUCUGGUCCCUUAACAAUUUUUUUUGGUAUCGGAAAUCAAACUCCAGACCUUGCACUUGCCAGGCAUGUGCUUGUGCCACUGAGCUAUAUCCCUGGCCCACCUCAUUCGCAAUCAAUGAUCUCACAUCUAGUGUAGAGAUAUUUUAAUGUAAUCCAAGGUAUGAGAAAAUAAAAUUGUUUAAAAAAUUUAAAUUGUAGUUAAGUAUAUAUAUAUAACACAAAAUUUACCAUUUAAACUAUCUUAAGUGUACAGCUCAGUGGCAUUAAGUACAUUCACAAUGAGGUGCAACCAUUAUCCGAUCCAUCUCCAGAAAUUUUUAUCAUCUCAAAUAGAAACUUUUUAUCUACUAAACAAUAAUUCCCUUAUCUCCCUCAUCCCCAGGCCCCGGAAAUGCUAUUAUAUUUUCUGUAUAUGGGUUUGACUACUCAUAUAAA